AUGGCCAGCGCGCGGAGUCCGGUGUUGCCGCAUCUGGACUUCAGGCCGCAGUCCGCAGAAGGACGGGCGCCCGGUGUGACGGAUCAGGCGGCGUACAACGAACUCGUCGCCAACUACACCACUCUCAAGGCAAAGGUGAACACCGUGCUGGCAAAAAAUGUGGACAUCAUUCGUCACAGCCCUGUCGUUGACCUCACGCGGAAUUACGUUGGUGCCGCGGGUCUUCAGGCCAUGACGAGCCUUCUCGCGAAAAACGACAAGCUUCAGGAGCUGCACUUACCGGGCAGUGGACUCAACAACGACGCCGUCGUCUUUUUCUGCCGGGCGAUGGUGAAGCACCCACGCCUUACAAGUUUGGACUUCUCAUGUAACAACAUCUCUCUUGCCGCUGGCCUCGCGCUUAUUUCUUUGUUGCAGCAGAACAAAAAUGUGGUUCACAUUGAUAUGAGUGAGACGCAGGUGCCGGACGCCGUAAUGAAGAAGAUUCAGCUUGGCCUUCAGCGGAACAAAUUACUUGCCGCUCGGGCUGCGGCAACAUCGCCCGAUGCAGCAGACGAUACAACAUCGGUGACACGCAGCACCGAGGGAGGCUUUUGUUCUACCAUUCGUGAGACGGUUCGAAAGGUGGAGUGGGAGCGUCGGGAGGAGGAGGCACUUCAUCGCCUGAGAGAAAUUACUCACUCCGCAGCAGCCGAAACAGGCAAUGAUCGCAGAUUUGUUCCACUUCCAGACAGAGAAUCUGGUUGGCGGCUGAUAGAGGUCGCUAUUCUGUCUCCACCCUUUCUCUUUGAGUCAGAGCUGUCGUUGCUCAUAAAGAAAGUCUUUCCACGCCUCAACGAGGAGCUUCGGAGCUCCAAGGUGCAUCUUCUGCCCCUUUUGGACCCACCAGAUGGACCUGCUGGAACUUAUCUUAAGCAUCUGCGCUUUGCCAUUGCGGCGGAUGUCUUGCGAAAUGUGGAGAAGUCUCGGAUGGUGACAAUUGAAUUGAUUGGAGACCGUGCCGGCGAAUAUCAACAGCUGCCAUCAAAUGAGAUUAUGAAACGUCCGCAACUGUUGCAGUCCAUGCGUCGACAGGAUGGAGCGGCAAAAUUAAUUCGUGCGGAGAGUAAAUGGGCGCCGCCGUUAUCACCAGUUCUUCAAUCAGCGCAUGAGUUGGCAACGGCACUGUCAAACUGGAUCAUUGUUGCCACUCGUAAGGAGACACGCCGGACCGGAGUGCCGCCCUCACUUGCCCCGCUGCUUACAGAAGAGCCAAACGUGGAGCACCCGGAUUACCUUCAGUCACAAAUCCGACGGACUGUCACAGUUGGCUCCGAUGUGGUGUGUGGAACGCAGACCAUUGAGUGCGACGCCUCACUGAAGGCGAAAAAAUGGCGUGAGCAUCAGAUCUUUCGUGAGAAUUUACUGGAGACGGCCCCGGUACAGGAGCUGGUUAUCCGCAACUACAACGCUACUUUUGAUUUCUGCAGUGAGGAUGGUCAGGUGCACUUUAAAAAUCUGGACGAGUUUGUAGAGGCCAUUUACAAGCGCAUCUUUCUCAUCAUGAUUGCGCACUUUCCACCCUGUCACGACAGCCAUCCAGCGCACUACCAGGGCUACAACGUGGAGAAGUUUGCGGCGAAGAAGUUAGGGUUGUAUCAAAAGCCCUUGCAUGAUUUGCUGCGGGCAUGUGUGGAACAUUCUUUUGUGAAAAAGAGCAUCACCGACCGUCUGAACUUGUAUAUUAUCACGCCACCCAGCAGAAAUGUCUUCGUUCUGCACGGAUCGGAGCCCGUGCCGGUGACCGCACUGAUUGGAUCAUUCACGUCACGUCUCUUGGCAAAGGAACAGCAAAAGUUCCGUAUUGCGUUUCACACGACACACGCAACGUCUCUCACUGAGGAACCAAACGAAUUGCGUGAAAUUAUAUGCCACGUCAUUCUUCAAUUAUUUCCAGAGCAGGAAAUUUACAGACGGGCGAUUGCGGAGGUCGACAUUGUGCGCCUUCAACAAAUGUUUGUGGAUUUACUGACGGAUAAAAUCAAAUCCACUGAGACGUUUAAGAGGGGGGGCGGAGGUGGAGGAGAAAACCAGAUUACUGUGGUGAUUCUGGAUGGAAUGGAUUCUGUCCUUCCCACUGUGUGUCCCUGUAACGCACUGCGACUCUCUGAGGAUACGGGGAAGGACAUAUGGGGAACACCAGCGCCACCGGCCCAGCAAUCAGCAAGGUAUGGAUAUAUUCCAGUUUGCCUUUCGCGUAAUUUACGUCUUGUCUUGGGCUGUGCAACAAAUUCAGAUAUGCAUCAUCAGCUAGGAUCACGUGGGCCGGACAGCGCCGAGCUUCUCUCACUGGGCCCCAUAACACCGAAUGAUUUUGACGAAAUGCUCCAUCCAGACAUGCUGUCAAAGAUUGGUGCAACACUGUCUGACGAUGAUUUUAUAGUCAUUCGCAAGAAGGAAGAAGCCCUUUGCCCAGAAUACAUUAUGUUAGUUUUGGACACACUUCGUAGCUUGAAUGAGGUGCCUGGGAUCGAGACGCAUUCCGUUGUGACGUCUCUACCGGGCACUGUGAAGGGGAUGGUUCAACUGAAAUACAACAACUUGCAACAGACAUUUGGCACCGCACUCGUUCGAAAGUGCACACGACUACUUUUGUCUUCUAGAUGGGGUAUUUAUGAGCCGCAGUUGCGCCUGAUGUUGCAGCUCACUCAACGGCGAUUUAAUCAACUGCUCCGUAUGAUGCGUCCCCUGUUGGGGUAUGGAACAUUGUUCUCUCUUGGUAUUAAAGAAGGAAACGCCUUGCUUUCCCGUAUUUGUAUUCGCUCUCGUGAGUUUCGUGCAUUACUCGAGCAGGAGGACCUUCAGGAGGAGGGAAGUGAAGUGGACCAGAAGUUGUGGCACGAAAUGCUGGCGCACCUUUAUCUCAAUGUGGUGCAUGAUGUAAUUGGACGAGAGAAGACUCCACCAAUUUUUGGUCUAAUCUCGACGAACCCAUAUGAACGCAUUUCGGUGAAGGAGCUGCCGUACCAUGCGGUGAAGGCACAUGCAUGGCAUAUUUUGUUUCGUUUUAUCUUGUCUAUGUCAUUUUUGAUGAUUGUUUACCGCAACAGACUCGGUUAUCACCUUGUGCGGGAGCUUAUUGUUGCUUUCAAUACACUUUAUGAGAUGUAUGAGAUGGGCGAAUUUCCAGAGAAUAAUGGUGCUACGCAUGGUGAAAAACCCCCCGCACUGUUGCGUUUACGGGAAUACAUUUACUUUUUGCGGGAGUACAACGCGCGGCUUACGGAAUUUCCGCAUCUUGUCAUACAAACGGCGGUUGAGAGCGCAGCAAGGUAUAACUUUGUUGGGAGUGAUGCAAAGGAAUAUGUCACACGCAAGAUGAGCUAUCAUGCCCCCAUUGUUCAGCGUCGCACUGUGUUUUUUGAGAUUUUAGCGGGUGCUAAAACGGUGAUUCACCACGGCGCAAUCACAACCUGUUUAUUUUCACCCAAGGGAAAUCGCAUCACCACUGGCAGUGUGGACCGGAGUGUCUGCAGGGUAAGCCCAGUGACAGGUGCUGUCGCAGCCCAGUUACGACAGGCACCAACAAGGGUGGAGGAAAUUCUCUACUGUGAAACUGGCGCCUACCACGCCGUUAUUUGUUACGACCGCACCCUUCUCAUUUAUGACAGCGCACAGAUGAAGCUUUUGUCACGGUGUGACGGAGGAAUAUUUGGGGCACCACUGUCAUCUGUUGCCUUUUCUGCACGCGGGCGCUUUUAUUUGGUGGCGACGGAGGACCUCCACCUUCGGGUGUUUGAAACGGAAAAAGGUCGACUGCUGUUGCAUGUGGACCAGCGCCAAUUUCUUCAUGGGUAUUGUGACGGUGUUGAUAUAAAUCUUCUUCGCGGAUAUUCUUGCGUGAUACCGCACAGAAUUGAGGACGAUGUAUUUCAUUCCACAUGCCAUAAUGUUCUGAUAAAGUGGCAAUUCUCACCGACACGAGACGAGUUUGCUUCCGAGACGCGUUUGGGUGUCUCCUUUACGGUUAGUUCGGGAAAGGCGGUCCUGAUCGGCACGCACCUGCUGCUUCACCCCAUCCCUUUUCCGGCACCAGCGAGCGGGCGGCGGGCGCCCCCACGUUUUGUGCAUCUCCACAGUCUAUUGACAGGGCGGGAGAUGGCGGUACUGACGAGCCCUUGUAGUCAACUGUUUUAUCAAUUGUCUGCGAAUGAGAGGCUACUCGCGAGUGCACUGGACGAUGGAUCUGUGGCCAUCCAUCAACUUUGCUGGACAAGCCUCCAAAAGGAAGACGGGGAUAUGAUCGCGAUCCCACCGGUCAUGGAGCUUGCAGCCUACCGUGAGUCGCCCGUGGCAACUGUGAGGGCACUGCGGUUUCGUGGAGAUUGCAAAGCUCUCUUUGCUUUGGGCAACAGCUUUGAAAUGAAGUUCUGGGCGUUACCGCAGCGUUUGCUGGACGGUGGUGGGGAUAAUGUCUCCGAUACCGAUGUUUCUUAUUCGGUGGAGGCCGAUGAUGCCAGUAGAGAAGAAGAAAAGGAACUUGUGGAGGGCGUGGCUGACGGUGAGUUCAUUCUAGAGCCCGCAGAUGUCGCGUCGUGGGAUGUUGUACAGGUGCCGAAUACUAAAGAUGCAGAGGUGAUCUUUGGUGACUCUUCCGGGCGCCUGACGAUGUUACGAUUGUGGAGCCCGCUGAUGUAA